AUGACAGUCUUGGCUAUCCCUCAUGAUGCCGCCCCAAAGUGGAAUGGUGUGCCAGAAGUAAUCGCCAGCGGUUCGUCGUGGGACAUUGGCUUCAGCCAUGGCAGCCAGAUCCCUCAGAGAAUCCGAACCUGCAUCGAGAACUACAAGAUUCUGUUCCUCGAUACGGCCGAAGCAGAUUGGCCAGAAUCGAGAAAGCGAGCACAAACGUACCUCCCAGCCUUGGAGAAGAAUGAGCUGGAUCUCGUCGAGGAAAUGAAGGGAAUCGCGGCCGGUGCUGGCGAGGGGGUGGACUUCCUUGACAUCCUGACCCUGAACCUGAGGAGUGAGAUCUCGCUCACCAACUAUAGCGACGGUUGCACAUCGCUGGCCACGCGUAGCACCUCUGGCUCAGAAGUCUACAUCGGCCAGAACUGGGACUGGGUGGGAGAGGCCGGCACGUCGACCGCCUUCUUUGACAUCCUGCGGACCGGCAAGCCCCGGGUCCGCAUGUUUGGAGAAGCAGGGAUUGUGGCCAAGUUUGGAAUAAACGAAGCUGGAGUCGCAAUUUGCAUGAACGCCAUCCGCUCUGGGACAGUGGCCAAGGAUAAGCUACCGGUGCACUUGGCCAUGCGCCGUGUCCUGGAGUGCCAGUCAUUCGACGAGGCCAUAGCCAUGUUGAAAAGUAAGGGGUUGGCUUCGUGCGUCAACCUCGUCAUCGGCGACAGCACCGGCAAGAUUGUCACUGUGGAGUGUACUCCCAAGGGCUUGGCUCUCAUCUCCCCCAAGCCCGGGUCGGACAUAGUAUGGGCGAACACGGUAUUCCACACCAACCACCUCUGGGCUCCCAACAUUCCCAAAGGCAUCCGGGAUCAUCCUUCCAAGAACUCGUUUUCGAGACUAAACAGGAUCCGCCUGUUGACCAAGGGCCAGGAACCCAGUGUUGCAAAGAUUCGAGAAUGGUUUUCGGAUGAGGAGGGGACACCCGUGUCUAUUUGCCGCUCAACACCUCCCCUAGCCAGGGGAAUUGAGAGGAUGGAGACGUUGGCGACUAUCAUUAUAGACCUCCCUAACCGGAGGCUCGAACUAUCUUUGGGAAAGCCAUGUCUCAACCCGCCGGUGAGGACUAUGACAUUCGAAUAG